GAAGUGGAGACAUGAUUUGAGAUCUGUAAACAUAAAUGUUCCAGCACAAUACAUCUCAAUCAAUGGCUGUGCAGAUGUCGACUCUUUCAAUUCCCAAAACCUCUCUUCAAAAAAUUCCUUAACUCUUCUCUUCUUCACUCCUCUCCAAAAUAGUAAAUCAGAUAAACUACAAACAACUCUUCAAUUUAAUUUGGAAUGUGAUGGAGCUCCUCAAGCCUAGUUUCCUUUGCAUUCUACUUCUUCUUCUCCUCCUCUUCUUCGGGCCGGGCUUUUCAGCAGGGAGAAUGCAUGCGAAGAAUAUGGGAUCAGAGGUUUACGAUAUUGAUUACAGAGGGCCGGAGACGCACACAUACAACCCGCCGCCGAAUCGGGCCGGCCCGAGAAUCCCUCAUCAAGCCCGCCACAAGUCCAAACGGAAUGCAUGCUUCUUCCGGCAGUGUGGAGGAGGAGACUACAUGACUCUUGCGCACGGGCUUCAUCAUCCUAAAUCCUCAACACUUAAUCAGACAAUUUAUUAAUGCAAUCGCGCCCGCCCAAGCAAGUUUUUCACUCACCUGUUUUGUCUACA